UCCGUCUCCUCCCUCUCCUCCUGAGGGUAAAGGGAAAAAAUAAGGAGGGAAAAAAAAAGAAUGCCUGCUUUCCCCUGUUUUCGUCCCUUUUUUCUUUUAUUUUCCUGUAAUUUAUAGCGAAAUCUGAAUUGGGUCUCUAUAAUUUUCUACGAGGAAUACAAAAAUUCAAUAAAAAUCGAAUUUUGACAGAAAUAUGAUACCAGAAGGCGAGAUCGAUGAACUGUCCACGAGAUCAAGCAGCUACCCUAUAGAUCUCUUGCGUAGGUUCGCCGGCGGAGGGAAAGGCGGAGAUGAGACGCCGACGUUCGCCGGCGGAGGCGACACCGGCGAGGUUGAGCUCAGCCUGGGGCUCUCUUUGGGUGGGUGUUUUGGCGUUGAGCCAAGAGAGAAGACGAGACUUGUUCGGGCCUCAUCGAUAUCGACGCUGUCGAUGUUUCCGAUAGAGAGGGAGAGGGUUCCGUUGGAGAGGACGUGGUCGUUGCCGGCGGAGACGGAGGAGGAGAUGAGGAAGAGGAAGGAGAUGCAGAGCUUUAAGAGGUUGGAGGCCAAGAGGAAGAGAUCGGAGAAGAAGGCGGCGACGACGAAAGAUCGGAAGGAGGAUAAUUUGUUGGAGGAGGAGGAGAAACUUGUGAAUGGGGUGGUUGUCCCUGCUGAGCUGGCGAGGUGGGGUGGUGGAGGAGGAGGAGGAGGAGGCCAGCCGGCGUCGCAGGGGUCGAUUGGAUCGCAGGGGAGUAGUUCUUCGGGGGUCUCGGAUUUUGAGAGCGGGCUAAUGCCCCAAGGCAUCAACAGAGCGGAAGUCCGAAGCACCACAACACUUCCAUCACCGUCUGAUCACGCAAAAACCACUAACCCCUCAAAAGAGAUCGACAACCCAUCAAAGACGAGAACCUGCACUACAAAUAACAACGGUAUAAAAGGGACAGAGAGGAACAUGAUGGAAGAAAUGCCGUGUGUCUCCACGAAAGGUGAUGGCCCAAACGGAAGAAAGAUUGAGGGGUUUCUUUACCGGUACCGAAAAGGCGAGGAGGUGAGGAUUGUGUGCGUCUGCCACGGCAUCUUCCUCACUCCGGCAGAGUUUGUGAAGCACGCUGGCGGUGGCGAUGUUGCGCAUCCCCUCCGGCAUAUUGUUGUUAGUCCAAGUCCAGCAGGUUUCUCAUGAUGGUGGGUGUUCUUUCUUAGGGUUCGUCAUGAACAUUGUCAUUAAUAGUGCCAAAUAUGUUCUUUUCACAAGAAAGGAAAAGAUUAAGUUUCCUCCUCCUUGUAGGUUAAGUUAAUGUUUUUCGUAUCCUCUGUGAGUACAGGUAGUGCCUCUUCUUAGGCAAAGGCGAAGAAAUGAAGAGAUUCCACUUUGUGCUUUGUUGUCGUCUUUGGUUCUUAUUUACUUGCAUUUUGGU